AUGGCAAUUUCACAUACACUAGGGACUGACUCGCUCGUUAGUCAUGCUUUCAAUAGAGAUGGUACAGAGCUUGCUCUUUCCGUCAAUACUAGUGAUGUUUAUUUACUAAGCGUUCCAGAAUCACCCAGUGGGAGGUACCAAGUGAUCGAUGUCCUACGCGAACAUAGUGCCUUGGUUACAAGUAUAGACUGGGCACCAAAAACGAAUAGAAUUGUUUCAUGUUCUGCUGAUCGUAAUGCCUACGUAUGGAAUAAGCAGUCUGAUAACAAGUGGAAACCAACACUGGUUCUGCUCAUGAUUGAUAGAGCUGCAGUAUGUGUAAAAUGGUCUCCACUUGAAGACCGUUUUGCUGUUGGUAGUGGUUCCAAACUUUUGGCAGUUUGUUGGUUUGACGAAGAAAGUGACUGGUGGAUUGGCAAAAAAAUAAAAAAGCCUAUACGAUCUACCGUGACAUGUGUCGAUUGGCAUCCCAACAAUGUUCUUUUAGCUUGUGGGUCAAGCGAUUUUCACACGCGAAUAUUUUCGGCCUUCACGAACUCUGGCCCUUCGGAAUCAGUUUGGGGCAAGCACAGUCCUUUGGGGAGCAUGUUAUUUGAUUAUUCGGAUGGUGAAGGUGGUUGGGUCCUGAGCGUUUCAUUUUCAGCAGAUGGAAAUAAAUUAGCAUGGACUAAACAUAAUUCAACAAUUUUUGUAGCUGAUGCAAGUACUGGUACCACACCUACUAUUACACGUUUACGAACUGAUUUCUUACCUUUUGUCAGUUGUAUUUGGAUUGGACCAUCAACUUUUGUAACAGGUGGUUACGAUUGUUGUCCUAUGCUAUUCAAAUAUACUAAUCAAUCGAUCAGUUUUGUUCACCAGUUGGACAUUAAAGGUGAAUCUCGUUAUGGUGGAAAGGUAACAGCUAUGAAGAAAUUUCAAGAUAUUGAUCGCAUGGCCACAGCUGAUAAUACUAGUUCUCGUUUACCCACCAUUCAUCAGAAUUGUAUAAAUGAAAUUCGAAUUCUUAAAGGUGAUCGUUCAAUGGCUUCAGAACUUAGUUCAAUCGGUCGAGAUGGUAAUCUUGUAUUGUGGAACUUUCCAACAUUGCAUGAACAAAUUGCAGAUUUGAAAAUAGUUUAA